AUGACUAAUAUUAAAUCUACUUAUAUAAAGGAAUAUAAUACUUCUGAAGAAAGCCAUAAAGAAGAUAUUUUUGUUGAUCAAAUUAUUCUUAAAAAUGCUCAAGUUUUAUUAUAUGAUAAAACUCAAGUUUACAAUAAUCCACAACUACAGAAAUUAUUGCAAACAGUAUAUUCAGUAAAUUUAACAAAUAAAGAACAUUAUUUGGCUUUUGAUAAAGCACUUAAAACAUAUAGUGUGAAAUACAUUAAGCAAAAUAUUACUAGUAAUCUUGCUGAUCAGGAGAUGAUAAUGUCAAAAAUAAAGGCUACCCAAAAUGAAAAAAAUCGGUUAUUAAUGCUUCUUGAAGAAUAUAUUGAUGAUGUUGUAGUAAGCCAAAAUUCUUAUACAAUUAAGUUAUAUAAAGAUUCACUUUGGUUACUAGCUACAAAAUUAUCAUCUACUUUUAAUUACCCAAAUCCUAAAAUACAUCACCUAUUUGAAAAUGUACCAAAAAUUAGUAAAAAUA